UGGUCAGACCCUUAUGUCAAAUUUAGAUCAAAUUAAUUUACAGUUUAAAGAGAAUGUUCACGCCCUUCUCUCCUCCUCUCUCUCGCUCGGUUUCUCUCUCAUCUAGGCACAUCAGACAUACGAGAUUGGCUUGGUGCUGUCGCCCGCCGAAUCAAACAGCUAGGCUGCUGAGCGCUGCUGUGUGUCACACAAACAGCCCGUUUCACCUCCGUGCAAUUUUAAUACAGCAUCGACACAGGACGGGAAACAGUCCAGGCUAUCUGUUUGUUCACGGGAUGCAGUAAACUAUCGUUUAUACCAAACACAGGGUUAUACAUAAAGAAGUAUUCGACAUUCGAGGAACUGAUUUAUUCGCUGGAUUCAAUUUAGGAACGUUUUGGAAAAAUGAACCCUCAGUGUGCGCGCUGUGGCAAAAUUGUUUACCCGACGGAGAAAGUAAACUGCCUUGAUAAGAACUGGCAUAAAGGAUGUUUCCACUGCGAGGUGUGCAAGAUGACCCUCAACAUGAAGAAUUACAAAGGGUAUGACAAGACGCCCUACUGCAACGCACACUACCCCAAGACGUCAUUCACCAUCGUGGCUGACACCCCAGAGAACCUAAGACUCAAACACCAGAGUGAACUCCAGAGCCAGGUGAAGUACAAGCGUGACUUUGAAGAGAGUAAGGGGCGGGGCUUCAGUAUUGUGUCUGACACACCCGAGCUCCAGAGACUCAGACGCACACAGGAACAGAUCAGUAAUGCCAAGUACCAUGAGGACUUUGAGCGUGAGAGGGGGCGUGGCUACACACCAGUGAUGGAGGACGUGGGCAUGGAUAGGUUGCAACGGUCCAAUCACAUGAUGAUGGAGGCGGGGUAUAAGGGGGUCCACCCCCAGGUGGUGGAGAUGGACAGGCGACCUGGCAUCAUUGUAGACAUGAAGGUGUGGAGGACUGACCCUGGUUCCAUCUUUGACUUUGACCCUGUGGAAGAUAACAUACAGUCUAAAAGCCUGAGGAGAAUGUCUGAGCGGGCCAGCCGUCUGAGCAGGCAGGUCUCCCAGCAGUCCCUCCAGUCCCAGCCUGCCUCUCUGAGCUCUCUGGCCUCUGAGCCCUGGGACCACAGCCUGUCUGUCUGCAGCGGCACUUCCACCCCAGCUCCUGUUCUUCCUGGGGCAUACCAUCAGAGUGUUCCACAGCAGCAGCAGGGAUAUGGUUACAUGCACCAGACCAGCAUGUCCUCAGUGAGGUCCAUCCAGUCCCCCCCACACUCCACCACCAUGAGAGUGUACCGGGCGCUGUAUGAUUACGCUGCCCAGGACCAUGACGAGGUGUCGUUCCGUGACGGUGACAUCAUCGUCAACGCCCAGUCAAUCGACGAGGGUUGGAUGUACGGGACGGUGCAGAGAACGGGGAAGUCUGGCAUGCUGCCGGCCAACUACGUGGAGGGAUUCAACUAGACUCGGGACUGGACCUGGGACUGGACCCGGGACUGGACCUGGGACUGGACCCGGGACUGGACCUGGGACUGGAUCCGGGACUGGAUCCGGGACUGGACCUGACUCAGUCCGGGGGGGGCUUCCUCUCCUCUACCUCUGUCUUCUCUCUUCUUCUUGCCAUCUGUCUUUUCUUUCUCCUCUUUUAUUCCUAAUAUUCAGCUAUCUGUUCAGCUAGACAUCAACACUAACCCCUCUGCUUGUUAAAGGAGGAGAAGCAAAAAACGAUUUCUUACUGUCCAAUCCAAUCCUGACUAGCAUACAGACAGGUCACACAACAUGCAGACUGACACAGACAUAGAUACAGACAAAAAUAUGAUAUUGUUCUUUGUUUUUAUUAAUACACUUCUACAUGUUUCUCUUGACACAAAGUAACCUUACAAAACAACAUUGAACAUUAAUAAGACAGGCAUAAUAUUCAAAUUAAGUAUCAAAACUAUUGUAUUUUACCUUCACGUUUUGUUGCCAGAAAGCAUAUUCCUUUACAUUGAUGGUUGAAUCACAAAUUGUCGUAUUUGACUGUCUAGUUUCACUCUCUGUGGUCAACAAUUAAAGAAAACAUUUGGGAGUACAAGAGUUAAACUGGAAAUCCAUGACUUACUUUAGUAGUUUUAUUUACAAUCAUGAUGGAAGGGACAGUAUCCCAAGAAGUAGCCCAAGAAUAUGGUUUAUAAAUCACUUUAUGUUCAGAUAUUUUUUCUCGUUUAGUUUGGUUUUUAAUUGUUUCUCAUUUAAACCAACAUUAAACAAAUUGUCAUUAAUUGCAGUGUUUCACGUGUGGAAAAUAAACUUUCUUUG